AUGCGGACGAUUCCCAGUGGUCAGAGUAUUUGCCGGACAGGUACAUUACACCAUGGUUUGCUAAUUCCCUCCACUAACUUCUUUCUCACUCGUUUCUUCUCUUUUUGUAAAGUGGGAGGUCAUGUUGAUUUUGAUGAUUUUGUGGAGUUGAUGGGCCCCAAACUUCUCGCUGAAACUGCAGAUAUGAUUGGUGUGAAAGAACUAAGAGAUGCCUUCAAAGAGUUUGACACCAAUGGUGAUGGUGUGAUAAGCACAUCUGAGCUGAGAGAAGCCAUGAGGAAGUUGCUGGGACAACAGGUUGGCCACAGGGACAUGGAGGAUAUCCUGAGGGACAUUGACAUGAAUGGUAAUGGGCAUGUUGACUUUGAAGAGUUUGUACGAAUGAUGUUCCGCUGAGAGGAGGAGUGGUCAACAUGGCUUCAAGUUAUUUAUGCUGAAUGUGAACCUCUGCCACUUUUUCAUCAUCGAAUGAGAAAAGCAGAGGAAAUAUUAGGACUUCUGAGAAAUGUUUUCCUGGGGGAAACUGGAAUUAAAGCCCUUUACAUCUAAGGGGAAACGGAUGAACACUGUUCUCCCCAAAAUAGUGUUCUUCUCUAAAAGCCCCACAGUCCAACAGAGGCCAAUUCUACUGUAGUUUACAGACUGACUUGCUUAUGGUUUCCUGCACUUUUAACCCUCCACAAACGGUAUACACUUGUGUGUAGCCUGCUAUUUAGGCACGUUUUGUUUCUCGACCGUUAAAUGGCAAUCCGCCAUUGAAACAAUAACGCUUGUGUUUUGGUAAAAGGCUAAGGAAUAAGCCUGGAAAAUGGAACCACUUUGAAACUCAUGGACAGCUCAAGGACUGACCAUCCAUGAUAUCAACAUUCUAGUUUUAACCAUGUCUGAGGCAAUACCGUGUUUGUUUACGUUGAACUUGUUUAUAAACAUUUGCGUAAAACAUGCUGAUAUUUUGGGUUCUGAUGAGGUACGACAGUUGAACCAUGCUCAUGAGGCGUCUGUUAUAUUCUUCAAGAAUCAAUGGGUAUACAGUAUAUCAUUAAUAUGAGUCCAAAAACUGAUGUAGCAAGUGUAGAUUUCCCCUUUAAAUGUCUAUUACUUGUGACUACUGGUAAAUUCUUCAAGUUUGGGUAAUAGAGUGAGAAAAGCAGAGUGUCAUUUGUGUGACUGAUCACAAAUGGGUUUGUAUGUAUGUACGUGUUAUAUCUAAUGACCAAGAACUCCACCACCAAGUUACCUGUGAGAACAGAAGAGUGCAUAGUUUUGAGUGUUUAUGCCCCACAGAUGUGUGUGUUUGUGCACCUAUUUAUACUGUCCUUGUACCCACCAUCUUGUGGCUUCUAAAUGAUUUGUUUUAUACUGCUUAAUUUGGAUAUCCUAUCUGUGUGACCCUGGGUCUGAACGAAAGAUCUCAGAAAGUAGCAGCAAUUUUACACUUUCAUUCAUUUAAUUAACUGGUCCCUGAUACUGUGUGAUCUUUUAAGUUGUGAUCACUGUGUUUACCCAGUACCAUAAAACCACCGGAUCCUGUCUGUAAUGUGAUGGGACGGACAAGCAUAAACAUGAUAUGCUCUAGUAAAUCUCAGAUCAAGAUGUAGGCCUGCACAAUGCCAUUGAAUGGAAGUGGUAUGAAUGUGGUCUACUUCAGGAAUGAGCUGGAGAAAAAUAUUCAGACUCCAUGCUAGCAAUACAACCACUGUUGCUUCAAGGGGUUUUGCUUCAAUUGUCUGCUUCCUCAAUUGGAUUUUCUUCUAGAAGCUUCAGGUAAUCCCUUCAGGUAAGCAGUUCACUCUACCAGUGAACAAGCCAACCCCAGAUCUGGAAAAUAGUAGCUUUUCUUCACAUUUAUGGGCAGUGCACUCAAAACAUGAUGGUUUAUGUGUACAGUAGCUUGUCUGUCUGUCUGUUUCCUGUAUGUUAGUCAUAGUUUGUCCUUUUGCUGUUGUUAUGCAUGCCAAAAAGACAAACAUACUUGUAAUCACAGUAUAUUGAAUACAUUGUCUAAUGUAUAUAGUAGGCUACAGAGUGCUAAAAAUACAUGUAUUUUUUCAGUUAUACAAUACGUCCCAGGACUAUGCUGUAAACCCAGGAAAUAAAAGAUAUUACAAGACUAACGUAAUAAGCGUAGCCUAUACUAGGAAACUGUGAAGGAAAGAAGUGUCUCACAAGGACAUUUGGACUGACACAUCAAACCUUUUUUAAAUUGCAUAAUGUACAAACUAUACAGAGCAAUAAACCUAAGUCUAGGCACAAUAUACACUGAACAAAAUAUAAAUGCAACAUGUGAAGUGUUGGUCCCAUGUUUCAUGAGCUGAAAUAAAAGAUCACAGAAAUGUU